CCCGGCGACAGCGGCUGCUCACGCCAGCCCCGCCGCGUCCCGCCGGGCCCGGAACAGCGCCGCUGCGGGCUCGCCCUCGUCCGCCGGGCGCGCUCAGUCCGAUGGGGCCGCCGCGACCGCCGCCCCGCGCCGCCGCCGCGCUGCUCUGGGGCUUGCUGCUCCCGCUGACAGCUGCUCAGGAAGCAAUCCUGCACGCAUCUGGAAAUGGCACAUCUGCACAAUCCAAGGACUACUGCAUGCUCUAUUACCCUUCGCUGACAACUCUUCCCAGUUCCCUGAAAAAUGCAACUUCCUUUAGUUUGGUAAACCUGACUGACGUAUCACUGUGCAAACCUUCUGACAUUCCACCGGAAGGAAUAAUGAACAAAGCAGUUGCAGUACAGUGGGGGCCCUGCAGUCUUCUGGAAAAAGCCAAGAUUGCACAGGAUGGCGGUGCUAAAGCGUUGUUGCUUGCCAAUAACAGUGUUCAACUUCCUCAUUUAGGAAACAAAUCUGAGUUUCACGAUCUGAAAAUAUUGCUUGCAUUUAUAAGCAACAGAGACCUUAAAGAUAUGAAACAGACUCUUGGAAAUAACAUUACGGUACAAAUGUAUUCUAUCUUAUGGCCUGACAUUGACUAUACUAUUGUGAUUAUUGUAUUAAUUACCGUAUUCACUGUGGCCUUGGGAGGAUACUGGAGUGGAGUAGUUGAGUGGGAGCACAUCCAGGCAGCGAGAGACACAGAAGACAGAGAAAAGAGGAAGAAAAAAGAUUCUGCAGCUCUGACACCUUUAACCAUCGCCAUGUUUGUGGUCCUCUGCUGUGUCAUGAUAGUUUUACUCUAUUUCUUCUACAAAUGGUUGGUUUAUUUUAUUAUAGUGAUUUUCUGCAUGGGUUCAUCAGUUGGCCUCUUCCACUGUCUUGCUGCACUGAUGCGUAAGAUACCUUGUGGACGGUGCAUAAUCGAGUAUCGUGGCAAAGCCAUUGAAGUGAGACGUAUAUUUCUCGCUGGACUAUGCUUAGCAGUAGUUGUUGUCUGGUUCGUGUUUCGGCAUGAAGAGAGGUGGGCUUGGAUUUUGCAGGAUAUCUUGGGGAUUGCUUUCUGUCUGUAUUUCAUUAAAACAGUGAAGAUAACCAAUUUCAAGUCAUGUGUGAUGCUUCUGAGCCUUCUUCUCAUCUAUGAUGUAUUUUUUGUUUUUUUAACACCAUACAUCACAAAGAAUGGCCAGAGCGUCCUGGUCGAAGUUGCAGAUGGACCUGUCGGAAGUCACGAAAAGAAUGAUGGAAACUUGGUGGAAGCCACUGCUCAACCCUCAGCUCCCCAUGAGAAAAUACCAAUACUCAUCAAGAUUCCAAAGCCGGCCUUCUUCUCGGUAAUGAGUUUGUGCUCCAUAUCUUUCUCACUGGUGGGCUUUGGAGACAUAGUUGUGCCAGGUUUGUUGGUUGCAUACUGUAGAAGAUUUGAUGUGCAGAAUGGUUCUUCUAUAUACUAUGUUUCUUCCGUAAUUGCCUAUGCUGUUGGAAUGAUCAUCACAUUUGUCGCUUUGGUGCUGAUGGACAAGGGACAACCUGCUCUCCUUUAUUUAGUACCGUGCACACUCAUUACUGCUGCAGUUGUUGCUUGGAUACGUAAGGAGAUGGAAAAGUUCUGGAAAGGUAGCAACUAUCAGAUCAUGAACAACGAAGUAGCCGAAGAAAACCCCGUGACCACGAAUGAACAGACCAUCCCACAUUGAUGUGGUUCAAACCUGCUAUAGCGUGUCAACGGACUUCCUCCAGAUAGCCUGAUUUUUUAAAUUGAGUUCUGAAUUGACAAUCUAAGAGAAUCUUCCUUUGUAUGCUUGCAAAUACAUAUUUUUAUGAACAGGUAUCAACAAUUAUAAAUAAAAUUUAUUUGCUUGUA